AGGACUCUCCCAGCGCCAACUUAUUCGUAUUCAUUCGACGCCGGCGACAAGCCAUUUUAUCGUUACCCGGCGGUUCAUCUGAGAAUCGAGCCGAAUCUCUACACUACAACAACACGACUAACCAGUCAAGUGCGGGAACCUUCUUGCUCCAACCACGAGCUCUUUGCCAUUCCGCAUCCUGCCGCGUCGUUGGCGCAUUCACUCUGCACUCUAAACCUCGAAAGUUGAAGUUGCCUUUUGCCGAGAAUGAACGUCAUCUACUCGGUCAAGGACUAUGUGAGCAACGUCUUUCACCAAGACUCUGGCUCGGGUGCCAUCGACGUUGUCGCCGUGCAACAGCCCGACGGAUCACUGCGCUGUUCACCAUUCCACGUGCAUUUCGGCAAGUUCAAGCCCGAGGAAAAACAGCAGGUCACCCUCGAGGUCAACGGACAGAACAUUGACGGCGUCCGCAUGAAGCUCGGGGCUGCUGGGGAGGCCUAUUUCGUUCACCAGGUGCAGGAACCCGUGGACGAGAAAGAUUAUCUGGCGUCUCCUUUGCCCAGUCCCCUCAGCAGUAUUGGUGACGCUGAAGACUUGCUACACAAUGACACAUUUGCCACAUCCGGGACGUUGGAGCCUGAGCACGAGGAAAACACCGGCGACAUGCACGAAGAAAUAGUCGAUACGAAGAGAAACGAGUCGAUCGAUCGGUUAACGUGGGGAUGGGGCACGCUCCCGAGUAUGCGACCUGGAGACGAGGCCAAUGACGAGCUGCCGAGUAUGGUCAAAAGUGCGUCCGUGUACUUUGAUGCGGUGGAUACUGAAGCCACUGCUGCGGCGAAUGAAGAUGUGGACUAUUACGACCAUCCGUCGAUGUCACUUUGUGGCCAUUUGCUGCGCGAAGCAGAGACAGAGGAGGAGAUGCAUCAGAUCUUCUCGGAACAUAUUGUCACUUUUGACUUUUUCCGAGUCAAUCCUGCGAAGAUAUUGGCAAACCCAGACUUGCGGUUCUUCGUACGCGGGAACGUAUCGUCGUACGAUGCAGACAUGCAGGCAUACCUCGUGUCUCGAGUCCUUUUCCCGUACUCGCAUCAUUUGCCCGUUGGCACGGCACCUACACUGUCCCUCGAUACCGAUAAUGUAUCGAAAACUCGCGAGGAAAGCCUCAGUCUUUCUGGUUCUAACCUCUCACGCUCGGCACACUGUCACACACUAGAGCCUUUGCACGAAGUUUUGAGCGACGACGGUGGAUCGACGCAAGACACCGCCAGUAUUACGAGCGAGCCGUACUUUAAGAAGAGCUUGAAGCCGUCGCAACAAGAGUUACUCGAAAUGGGGCUGUGUGUGGGUACGAACGAUAUCGAGUUUGUGUUGCGGUCUCACGAUUCAGGCGAACUGGCUCGCGUGACAGCCAAACUGUAUCUGUGGCCAGUGACGGCAAAAGUGGUCAUUGCUCAGAUUGAUGGAGCCAUUUCAAGUAGCGCAGCAACUGGCAGCAUGUUUAAGCGCAGAGAUCCCGCUGCAAUGCAUCCGGGCGCAGUAGAAUUCUACUCGAAGCUGGCUCGGAACGGCUACCGAGUCGUGUAUGUCACGUGUCUCGGCCUUUCGCAGGCCAAUUUGCUUCACACUUUGCUACACAACAACGCGGAGGAUGGAGAAAUCACACUACCGAUGGGUCCGGUGUUGCUGUCACCUGAUCGGUUGCUUGCCUAUGGCAACGAGAUAGUCGACGCGGAAGACUUUAAGAUCGCUGCACUUGGUGCCUUGCGUUCUCUCUUCCCAAGGGAAGUGAACCCGUUCUACGCGGCGUUCGGGACUACGCAAACCGACAGUGUAGUGUUCACUCAAGUCGGCGUUUUCUCCGGAAAAGUGUUUGUAGUAGACCCUACCGACGGUAGUCUACGACACCGGUCGCUGAUGGGUUUCCACGAGUCCUACACGAGUUUGCUGGAUCGGAUGGACGCGAUGUUCCCACCCAUUUAUUCUCCAACGACACAGGUUUCAAUCUCCAGUCAGCACACCUUGCAACUUAUCGUACCAACGCUUCGUUCGGUGCCAAUCAACCUCAGCACAACGUCACGAGGUUCCUUGAUUGAGGACGAGGAGCGACUUGUAUCCGAAGCGGUUGCUUCACAAGUGCGGGCACGGAAUCUCGCGGAUGAGGCCUACAACGAUAUCAACUUUUGGCGGAUCGAACCAGGCCGCGUCUAG